AUGGCGACAAAUAGGGAUUCAAUCGCGAUGUCGGACAUCGAGUGUCCAUGCAUUCGUGACAUAUGCCCUUUUAUUAUCGCUGAGCGGAAGGUGACUCGACUGCAACCUCGACACGCCGUCGCACUCCUUGCAAAGGAGCCAGCAACGUCUCCUUUCACCAUAAAAGUCGCCAAUGUAGUCUCUUCUGAUCCUCGGUAUCGUCGCGCAGGAGUUGCGAAAAUAUUUGUCCAGCAAAUCGCGUCUGGCCAGUCGACAGAGGAUAGACCCCAUUGGGAGUUCCCCAUCCUUGGCAUCCUCAAUGUCUUCUCGUCGAUACAUUCAAGCGGGAGCAAAGUGCAGGACGCUGCAAUUCUCAAGGAUCUGUACUCGUCUUUCUCCAAGAUUCUUGAUCCAAUUCUCCGAGACUUUCACUUGUUGACGCCGUCAGGCCAGUAUGGUGACAACCGCCGCUGUGCGGUCGCAAGACUCCUUCUAUUCUUCCUGGACGACCCAAUGACCAAAAGGAAGUUAUACGAAGAGAAAAUUCUACGUCUCAUUGUUCAUUGUUGGCUCGAGACGUCUCCCGAGUCCUCGAUGCGCAUCUACGCCACGAGCCUCGUAGUUGAGGUAACAUCUCGCGAAGAUAAAACGGGUGGACCUCCUCCAGACUAUCUAGAGAGGAUAUUUAAUGUGGUCAAGAAGUCCAGCCUUGUUUCUCGUGUCAAUUUCGUGUUGAAGAGCAAGAGCAUGACGGAAGAGACGCUGGGACAGGAAAUUGCUGCGCUAGCGAAUCUCACAAUGCAGGCAGCAGGGGCGCUCCUCCGAUCGUUGAAGAAAGACGUACACCACUCAGAGCUCCGAGGACUCAUCGAUGCGCUCGCCCACUGCGAGGACUUGAUCCAGAACCUCAUUGCAAAAUCGCCAAACGGGAUGAACAUUCUUGUUCAUCUACUGGUCAAUACUCGCCUCGUCGACGUCGCGUCCGAAGGGUUCAAAAAGGCCAGCCGUGGCCCACCUACGGAGCCAGGCACGUAUCGUGUCGGAUGCUUCUACCAAUUCUUCGAAAACCUCUACAACUCCUUAGUUCUCGUCCAGAAUUCAGAUUGCCCGUUGGAGGUAGCAUCGGCGUAUUUCGAUGCCGCUCGCGCCUCUAUCGAGAGAAUGGGUGCUACGACCCUCACACCUUAA